AUGAAUGUUCUUUUUACAGUUCAAGCUUCACAAUCAGAAUUUGAUCGACCAAACGAAACUGUUUCUGUCGUUGUCGGUAAACGAGCAUUAUUACCAUGUUACGUCUCAUUAAAAGAUGUUAAGAAUAAUGGAACGGAUUCAUUUAAAAUUUUAUGGAUGAAAGUAAAUAAUAGUGCAGUAUUAACAGUAGAAGAUCGAGCAAUUAAUGGUGAUUCAAGAAUAUCCAUAUUACAUGCAUAUGCCGAUGAAUGGAAUUUACAAAUUGAUGAAAUUGAUGAAGAUGAUGCAGGAAUUUAUCGAUGUUUUAUUAAUAGUGGAAGUUUCAAAACAUUACAAUUAGAUGUUAAAGUUCCACCAAAAAUUAUUGAUGAUUUAACAACAGUACCUUAUCCAUCUCCAAUUCUUGCUGGUUCAAAUUUUACAAUAAAAUGUUACGCACAUGGUAAACCAACACCGAAAGUUCGUAUUCUUUCAUAUGAUCAUUCAGAUAAUGUUAAAGUUAUUAGUGAACAAAAUGAAGUAACAAUUUAUAAUGUUUCUCGUUCUACUAGUCAUCGUUAUGAAUGUAUUGCUAGUAAUGGUUAUCCUCCUGAUGUUGCACGUUCAUUUCAAAUAACAAUUCAAUAUCCACCUGAAGUAAUACUUUCUAUUAAUGAAGAAAUCAUAACAAAUUUAUUAUUUAUUAAUUCAAAUUAUGAUGAAAUACGUCUUAAAUGUCAAGUUACAAUGAGUCCAUUUGGAAAAAUUCAUUGGAUGAAAGAUAGUAAAAGAGUCAAUUCAAAUUAUCAAGUUUAUCAUAUAAAAAAUUAUAUUAUAUCAGAAAUAAUAAUAAAGUAUCUCACGAAUGAUUAUCAAGGUCAAUAUACAUGCAUAGCUUCCAAUCCAUAUGGAAUGAAUUCAAAAAGUAUUCAAAUACUUAGUUUACCAGCAACAACAACCAAUAGAAAUACAUUAAGACAUAAACGUCCAAAACAUACGCGAUUCACAACAGUAUCAUAUUCAACAGAAAAUUUAAGAAUGAUAACACUUUCAUCCAAAAGUAUUAAUAAUACAUAUCAAAUAAUCUUAUUAUUUUGUCUAUUAAUCACAGUAGUUUACUUUAAAUAA